AGCUUGCCAGAUUACGCCAUGGCCUUCUCUUCACUGGCGCCCUUCUCCCCGCCUUCUGGAACCUUCCGACACCAUCCCGCCGGGCGGCCCGGGGCCGCCGCGUCCGGGAGUGUCGUGGCGUGUUCGCCGCCCCCGCCCGACGUCGUGGUGACGCGCGAGCGGGGGAAGAACGCCGAGCUCAUCGCCGCGCUGGAAAAGCACAAUAUACACUCUCUGGAACUUCCUCUUGUUAAGCAUGUUGAAGGCCCUGAUGCAGAUAGGCUUUCAGAUGUCUUACGUGAUGACAAGUUUGACUGGAUUAUUAUAACCUCUCCUGAGGCAGCCGCAGUGUUCCUUCAGGGAUGGAAGGCUGCUGGAAGUCCUAAGGUUCAAGUAGCAGUUGUUGGAGCAGGAACUGCUAGGGUUUUUGAUGAAGUAUUACAGUCUGAAGAUCGAUCUCUUGAUGUUGCAUUUUCACCUUCCAAAGCUAUGGGUAAAGUCUUGGCGUCAGAGCUUCCAAAAAGCAGCAGGAAUACAUGUAAAGUGCUGUAUCCUGCAUCUGCAAAGGCUGGGCAUGAAAUUCAGGAUGGUUUAUCAGAACGAGGAUUUGAUGUGACACGAUUGAAUACAUAUACAACUGUCCCUGUAGAUGUCGAACCACUAACAUUAAAUCUUGCUAUAUCAGCUCCAGUUGUCGCAGUAGCUUCUCCUUCUGCACUGAGGGCUUGGUUAAACCUGAUUCCAAAAGUCGAUAAUUGGAAUAACUCCAUUGCUUGCAUCGGCGAGACCACUGGCUCUGCAGCGAAGAAAUUGGGCUUGAAGAGUAUAUAUUGUCCAACAACCCCUGGACUUGAAGGGUGGGUUGAAAGCAUUCUUGAAGCGCUCAGAGUCCACAGGCAGUUGAAAGAGGCCCCCAAAAUGUUGAACACGGGCAGCCCCGUGCACCGGAUGACGGAGCUUCUUGAUGUUGGUGAUCGGCUGUAGAUUCAGGAAACUCAUAACCUGUCGGAGAUCGCGCGCUGGUGGCCUUCCUGCCGUUUAGUUUUUUUAGUUUAAGUCAUAAGUCCUAUUACAUCGCAUGUUUACACACCAAUUAAGAGUACUAAAUAUAGACUUAUUACAUCACUAUAAUUUCAUAAGGCGUGACUUAAUCACGAGACGAAUCUAUUAAUAAGCCUAAUUAGUCCUUAGUUUGACCACUAA